AUGCCAAGCCCGGCCUUAGCGUCUUGGCUGACCCUCAGUUGCAUAGAUGAUUCCCAACAGGCCGACUACCACAGGCAGUGGAACAACUCCGAGCCCACUGAGCAUGACGCCAGCUUCGUCCAUGAGCUGAUUGCCGGCGCCGCUAGCUACGAGGCCGCCAAGGCCUACGAGCAGCACGAGGAGCGUGAGGGCAAGCCCGAGAGCCACGAGAAGGCCAAGGAGAUCAUGGCUGGCUUUGCCGGUGCUUUCGUGGACCGCGAGGUUGAGACCCGGGGCCUGGACUUCAUCGACCGCGAGAAGGCCAAGCGCCAGGCCCGCGAGCACAUUGAGCGUGUUUCUGCCCAGGAUGCUGGCUGGUAA